AUUCACGAUCGUCAUUAAACUUAUUUUUUCAGAGAUAAAUAUCAUCUUUCUGUAGAAUAUAUUUAAUUAUAAAUUAUGUUACUUUUUUUUACAGAUUGAUUUAGACCUGUGAUUGAAGGGCAUCUACCUAAUCUUCAAAUAAUACUAAUAAAAUGGAUUACUCACCUGAGCAUAAUGAAACAUGGUAUCGAAGAAGAAAGUUGAACAUUGGGGACUAUUAAUCAUGUACUAAUCAAGAAAAUUACGGAGGUUACUAGAGAGGAGAUACGCUUCACGAUGGACAACUGCACGGAGUGCGGAGAGUACGUGCCCUACUCAGAGCGCCUGGAGACCUACCUCGUGCCCGUCCUCUUCGCGGUGAUCUUCCUGGUCGGGGUCCUCGGGAACGGCACGCUGGUGGUCAUCUUCGUGAGGCACACCAAGAUGCGCAACAUCCCCAAUACCUACAUCAUGAGCCUGGCCUUGGGUGACCUCUUGGUCAUAGUGACCAGUCUCCCCUUCACCUCCACGCUCUACACCAUCGAGUCCUGGCCCUAUGGCGACUUCGUCUGCAAGCUCUCGGAGGCCACCAAGGACAUUUCCAUUGGAGUCUCCGUCUUCACAUUGACGGCUCUCAGCGCUGAGCGCUACUGCGCCAUCGUCAACCCCAUCCGCAGGCACAUAUCCACCAAGCCGUUGACCAUCGUAAUGGCGUUCGUCAUCUGGGUCGUGUCCUUCAUCCUAGCCCUGCCGGCCGCCAUCUUCUCUAACGUCCAGAUCGCCAUAGUCGCAGACAACCAUACUAUCGAGUACUGUUCUCCAUUCCCUCCACAAUAUGGACCACCCUACAAACAGUCCAUAGUUUUGUUCAAAUUUCUCGCAUAUUACGCUUGCCCUCUUUGCAUCAUUGCAGGUUUCUACAUAUUAAUGGCUAGACACCUUGUCCUAAGUACGAAGAAUAUGCCUGGUGAAAUGCAAGGCCAGUCGAAUCAGAUAAACGCUAGAAAGAAAGUGGCGAAGAUGGUUCUCGCUUUCGUUAUAAUUUUUUUCGUAUGCUUUUUUCCAUAUCACACUUUCAUGUUAUGGUUCCACUUCUAUCCUACGGCUGAAGAGGAUUACAAUGAAUUCUGGCAUGGAUACAGGAUCGUCGGUUUCUGCUUGAGUUUCAUUAAUUCUUGCAUAAAUCCUAUCGCUCUCUACUGUGUCAGCAAAGCAUUCCGAAGGUACUUCAACAGGUACCUGUUGUGCUGUAAGCGUUCCGAUACACCUUGCACCGAUGUCACCAUGACACACAAAAGCAGUUCCAUGAAGCACCAUCGGCAGAACUCUGUUAUUACAAGUCACUACACUCUGAGCAAUGCUGAAAAGAUUUGACAUCCACUCUGCUGCACCAGGAAGCCGUCUUAGCUCCUGAACACCACAGCACUCUAAGUGCUGUCCUUGUUAAUAUCUUUAAUAUUACGACAUCAUGAAUUUUAUGAGUCACCUGCAACAGCUUAUUAUAGUAUUAAUUUGUAUUUUCAUUCAAAUUCUGUAAUUUAAAACUUGAAAUCAGCUCAUAUUUGGAAGAUUAAAAAAUAAAAGCCUCAGUUAGAUUAAAAAACAUAGCCCAUCUCACAUCACCAAACAAACAUUAUUUCAAGUAUUGUAAUCACAAGUAUUCACUUGUAUUCAAUAUUAUUUAAAACAGAGACGCUCAUCUCUUCAAGGUUGAUGGCACACCCCACCCCAAUUCCAAGAAGUUUCAUUACUCUUCUUAAAAAAAGUGCAAGGGAAUAUAAAUUAGAAAAAUAAUAAAUCACAAAUUGUUAGUCUUUUCCCCUUAUUCCCUGGUUUUGAAGUUUCACUCAAAUUGAAACUCCAUAUAUAAUUCCCUGCAAAAAUUCUUUCCUUAUUCACUUCCUAAGCAAUAGUAAGAAAUAUAGUAUUAAUUUGUAUUUUCAUUCAAAUUCUGUAAUUUAAAACUUUGAUGGCACACCCCACCCCAAUUCCAAGAAGUUUCAUUACUCUUCUUAAAAAAAGUGCAAGGGAAUAUAAAUUAGAAAAAUGAUAAAUCACAAAUUGUUAGUCUUUUCCCCUUAUUGCCUGGUUUUGAAGUUUCACUCAAAUUGAAACUCCAUAUAUAAUUCCCUGCAAAAAUUCUUUCCUUAUUCACUUCCUAAGCAA